AUGAAGCGCCACGUGCCCAAACAUGCGCUGCCUGAAGAGAUCCAGAAGAUGCCGCCUGAGGAAAAGGUGUGCAAGUACUGUGGGGUGAGCUACCUACUUCUUCACGAGUUCAAGGCCAUGGAAGAGAAGGUGCAGGCCUUGGAGACGGAGCUGGAGCUAUGCCGUGGGAGCAUCACACGUGAGCAUUGUUUGCAGGAGCAGCUACAUGCCCUGAACCGUGACCUGGAGCAGUCCAGGGCUACUGGCAAGGCCCAGGCCAGAAGGAUCCAAGAUACAGACAUGCAGUUAAAAAGUCAACAAGAUGCAUUUCAGAGCCUUCAGGCGGAACUGGGUUACCUGAAGGAGAAGUUCCAGAUAAAGUGUGCUUUGUCCCAAGCCUUCAGCCAGAGACUGGAGGGCCACAUGCGUUUCCUCACGAAGGCCCGCACACUCCUCAUAGCUACCAAGAAGGAGUUGAGCGGGGUCAGAGCUGAUGUGAGCGACGGUCUGCAGGCCUGGAGCCUGCUCAGGACCGAGUUGCUUCUGCAAAUCAAGUCCGGGAGCAGUAGAACCUCCACAGAGGUAGAGCUGCUGCAAAGGAGCCUGGCAGCAGCACAGAAGAGUCGGGCAGGCCUGGAGGAUGAGGUGCAGGGCUUGAGGCAGCAGUGGGAUGAGACCCUUCGGCAGGCCCAGCUGCAGCGGGGAGAUCUUCAGGGCCGAUGCCAGGAUCUGCAGAAGGAAGUGCUGGGUCUGCAGUCCCGAAUAGAGUCACUCAACCAGCAGCUGCAGCAGGCGCUGAGGGAGAAGGACAGCGCUCAGGACAUGCUCAGAGAGAAAUCUAAUGAAGCUGAGGAGUGUGAAAGGCAACUUAGAAAACUGAAGUUUGAGUCCAUCAUCUCUGACUCCCGGCACACGCGAAUUCUUAAAGAGAAGGAAGACUCCUUAAUGACUUGUCAACAAAUGUAUAAAACUUUGCAGGAAGAACUGACCACAAAGGCAAAGCAAGAGGAGCACAGCAAAGCAAGCGCUCGGCUCUCGGAGAAUGAGCUCGAGCUCACGCGGACCCUGCUGCGGCAGAGCAAGGAUGAGGUGGCUGCCCUGACCAGGGAAAGGGAGUCAAUGCUGGUUUUCCACCAGAAAAGCAUUGAGCAGCUGCAAGAGACUCUUCGGCAGAAGGUCCUGAGUGAAGAGAACUGGAGGGAAAAGAUUAAAGCAGAACUGGCGAAGGAGAGAGCUCAGCAUGCAGUGGACUCUGAGGAGCAGGUGCUGCUCUUUAAGGAAGAAGCAAGACUGAAGCUUGAGAUCGAAAAGGAAAAGCACCAAGUUACCAUCCAAAAGUACCAGCAAGAACAGGAAGCACUGCAGGCCAGGGUCUCAGAGAUGGUGGCGGGUACUACACAGGAACUGCGGCUGCAGGUGAGUGCCCUAGAGGGCCAGCUGCAUGCGUCUCAAGCCCACCAUGCAGAGAUGACUCAGUCUAAGGAGCAGGAGAUCCGGAGACUCCAGCUGCUGAUGGCCGAAAUCGAGAGCCGCCUGCAGAAGGAGCUGGACAGCAAGGACACAGCCUCCCAGGCUCUGCAGGAGGAGACUCAGCGCAAAGAGCAAGAGCUGGAGCAGCUGACACUGGCGCACAAGCAGCUCCUGCAGCAGCUCAGCCAGUCCCAGGAGGAGAAUGCAAUGCUGCAGGACACUGUGCGCAGGGAGUGUGAGGAGCGCUUCGAGCUGACCGAGGCCCUGAGCCGGACGAAGGAGCAGCUGCUGGAGCUUCGCUGCCUGGGAGGGGCCAGCAAGGCCCCUCCACCCCGAACCCCAACCCCACAGGGCAGCCUGGGAGCGCCCCCUGCCCCGCCCGGCGGCCAGCGAGACCCGGGCCUGACCCGGCUGCCCCCCGCGGCCCCGGGCCUGCUCUGGCCCCAGCGCGCCCGCAGCUCAGGCUCUGGCCCCAGCCCGGGCCGGUGCCUCCCGCCCCAGCCACCUCCAGUUCGGGGCCGCGCGGCCGUGGCCGAAACCAGGCAGCGGCUGGCAGCGCUACUGCGGGGCCGCCUGAGGCAGCGCUGA